AUGUCUUUACGCGGUAAAGUGAUCGCAAUUACCGGCGCCGCUUCGGGCAUCGGAUUGCAACUGAGCAAGCUGUGUGCGUACAAGGGUGCAAAGUUGGCCCUUGCGGAUAUCCAGCAGGAGCCGCUAGAUGCGCUGGUGUCAGAGAUCAAGACCGGCGGCAUCGAGGUGACAGGUACCAUCGUCAAUGUUGCCAACUGCCAGCAGGUUGACGACUGGAUCAAUGCGACUGUCAAUCACUUCGGCACGUUGGACGGUGCUGCAAAUAUGGCAGGCGUGGAGUCCGGCCCGAAGAGGUUGGCCGGUCCCCUCGCCGAACUCGCAAACGAGGAUUGGGAUCAUAUCUUGUCUAUCAAUUUGACCGGCCUCAUGUAUUGUGUUCGAGCACAGAUCAGAGUCAUGCAGGCUGGAGCCUCAAUUGUGAAUGCUGCUAGUAUUGCUGGCUUGAUGGGUCGACCAGGAAUCUCCGCUUAUUCCGUCAGCAAACAUGGAGUUGUUGGUUUGACAAAGACGGUUGCGAAAGAAGUUGGGCCAAAGGGCAUCCGCGUGAACGCCAUUGCUCCGGGCCCGACGGAGACACCAAUGCUUCAGAGAAUAUUCGACACCUCGGACAAGAAGGAGGCCCAAUUUACGAGCACCUAUGCGAACAUACCAUUGAAGAGAAUGGGGAAACCAGAAGAGAUCGCUCAGCUGUGUACCUUUCUUCUCAGUGAUGAAUCGAGCUUCAUGACGGGUGUGAUAUGUCCUUGCGAUGGCGGAUUGAUGGCAUGA